AUCAGGAAACAUACUGGCGAUCGCCCUUUUACUUGCCACUGCAGCAAGCAAUUUUCGCGUCUCGACAAUCUCUGUCAGCAUGCUCAGACGGUUCAUGCUGAUAAGCAAGAACAGAAUGAGCGCAUGAUGCGUGAACUUACCUCUCUUCAUGCUUCUAUGGCAGCCGCAAAUAAAACCGGUCAGCCAAGAGGCAAGAGGGGUCAAGCUAUCGUUAAUGCAGCUGCAGUACUCGCCACAAGCAAUCAUUCAGGAUCUCAAGAUAGUUCAAUGCAUGGUCUCGAUCAAGUCAAGGAGGAGGACUUGUCUGCCUCUCUCCACCCCAUGCACCAGCGUCCCGGUACGAGCACUGGUUACGAGGGUGGUGACAACAUGAUUUACGGUGACGGUUGGAAUUCCGAUUUGGAUCGUGGUGGCAACA